AUGGUUACUAUUUUGGAGAAUGUUGAGAACGUCUGGGAAAUGAAAGCUCUUCGUGGCCACGGUUUCAGCUGUGAACGGUUCUUUCCUGUUUCCGAAAUCCCGCAAUCAGUACGGCCCUGGAGAUUGAAGAGAGCUCGAGGAACUAAUGGUUACUAUUUUGAUGUUGAGAACGUCUGGGAAAUGAAAGCUCUUCGUGGCCACGGUUUCAGCCGUGAACGGUUCUUCCCUGUUUCCGAAAUCCCGCAAUCGCCACUUACCCCAAGUAUUAACGAAUUCAGAAGAUCUUUUGUUGCUGAUUCUUUGGUUUUGCUUGAUGAUGCUGAUGACACUGAUUGCAUUGAUAAUAUUGCUGAUAGUGCUAAUGAUCCUAAUUAUAUUAAUAAUAUUACUAAUUAUACUGAUGAACCUGAUGGUCUUGACGAGACUGAUGGCCUUGAUAGGACUGACAUUUUACUCAAGUCAAUACUCAAAAUAUAUUGCUUAAUUUGUUAUUCAAUCUAA